CCCCCUUGCGUUCGAGCCGCGCGAUCCAGUCUUGCUCAGUAAGCUACCGGAGGUGGUAGAAAGUGUAUGGUCCACGCGCGUGUGUGCAGUGAGUGUGUAUGUGUACGGUGGGGCUACGUCACGCAGCUGGGUCAUAUCGAACCUGAAUAUCGAAUGAUUGCAUAUAUACAGCUUCUCUCUUAUUCAUUAAACUCUUUUGGGCAUGAACUUGUUAGCAGUGGUGGUGGAUCGAAUUGUAUGAGCAUCAUGGAGAGAACCAACUAAAAGUCCACAAAAGUGCACCCCAGCUCAGUGUCGAGAAACCACGUUGUUGCCGCCACUGCCGUCUGUGCGUCGUCGAGCUUGGAUAUAUAUCUCUGUGUGCGCUGAGCCUCGAAUCUAUAGGAUUACAUAUUCCCAGUCGAGUUGAAAUCAUUCCUGGAGAACAAGAAAACUACACUACCCUUUUACUCCCCUCGAUACCCAAGUUGAAUGGAGUCUUCCCACGUCGGAGGGUCGUCGGCGACCAACAACAACAGCAAUGCACGGUCGUCUCCGCUCGGGCUCCGAACUCUGACCGAUUUAAUUCCGGCAGCUGGAAGGCUGAGUCCUGUCCCGUUCUAUCGUGUGGCCAAUUCGAGAUCUCAACAAGAAACGAAGGCGAGUACGAGUCCAAGUAGGAAAAGGGCCCGACUGGCCUCGGGAGGUGGAGGGGCGGUCGUGAUGGGUAGUGGCGGUGGAGGGGGUGAGUCUAGGACCACUCCAUCCCCGCCGCUCUUAUCGGCGCCUCCUCCCGUUGUUGCAACAUCGCCCAGAGAGCGUGAGAAUCAAAAUCCGCACGUUGGAGGAGGCCCUGGUGUUCCAAGCGACCGGGAUCGACGGAGACAUCCAUCGAGGAGUUCUGCCCGUUGCGUACCUAGUCCACAUCUGAGACGGUGUCGAUAUCGGGAUGGCAACGGCGGAGCUAGCGCUGCUAGCGGCGUUCAGCGACUAGGAGCUGGUCCGUCUCACCACCACCAGCAACAACAACAACAGCAGCAACAACCUCAACAACAUUCGCCCGGCAACAGCGGCGCCAACAACGGGUCGGGUGGCGGCAGCAAUAACAGCAACGGUGGCGGGGGCAACAACGGCCAGCAGCAGCAGCAGCAGCAGCUCGCAGCCCAAUCGGUGGCGGUGGCAGCAGCGGCGGCCGCGGCCGCAGCCGCCCUUCAUUCGGCUUCCUCUCAUCACAACAACCCGGGAAUGGUCCUAGACUUGAGUCAGGUUCCUGUUUCGAUUCCGGUUAACCUGCCACCUCAGUUGAAUUCGUUGUAUUCAGCUGCUGCUGCGGCCGCGGCAGCAGCGGCCGUGGCGGCCCACGGACCCGGCAAUCACGGUCCAAUGCCUCCUCUUUGCACGAGCGCCAGUGGUGGGGGUAGUGGCAGUAACGUCGGCGGCGGUGGCGGAGGAGGAGGAGGCCCGCAUCAUCACAUGUCUCAGAAUCCCAAUUGCCAUCAGCAAGUCCAUCAUCAAGCCGCCCUUUACGGCUGCACUGGCGGCCACCAGCACCACCUGCCGGCCUCUACGCAACUCCACCAGCUGGCCUCGUGCUUGCCUCCUCCUCCGCCUCCUGCUCCGCACCAGCAUCAUCAACACCACCCGCACCAUCACCCCUACACACCCAUUUACCAUCCGCACCACCACCAUCACCAUCCGCACCACCACCACCAUCACCAUCAUCAGCUGGCCGGCCAUCCUUUGGCCGGUCCCUCACAGGGCCAUCAACCUUUGCAGGUUACCUCGCUUGGCGUAGGUAUCGGCGUAGGCGUCGGUGUAGGUGUCGGCGUCGGAAUGGUCCAGCCGGCCCACAACCAACCGCCCUUUGCUCACGUCCCUCCGCCAACCUUGCUCCAGCAGCGGACAGCCGAGUCCGACUAUCGACGAGCUGCCGCCGCCGCCAUCGCUGCUGCAGUCGGUCCAUCCCCUUACUCUCACCCCGGAUCCUAUAGCACUAUGCCUAUCAAUCCUGCAGCUUCCUCUUCAUCUUCCUCCUCAUCCACCUCCUCUUACGGCCACGUCCGCCAGCAGCAACAGCAACAACAGCAACUCUCCCUCCAUCACCAACAAUCCCUGUCGUCAUUGGCCUCUAGCGGAGGAGGACGACUAUCGCUCAACAACCAAGGAGGGUACACGAUUACGAGCCAUUCUAAUCCAGCUGCCAAUCAAAACCAUCCAGGUCUCAAUCAACUGCAAGGCCAUCCGUUCUUCGUCCAUGACGGAAUCCUCCACUCUCACCAUCACCACCACCAUCAGCAGCAGCAGCAGCAACAACAACAGCAGCAGCAGCAACAACGCUUACGAAGGAGCCGUCAAAAUAAUAACAAUAAUAACAACAACAAUAACGGAAUGAUGGCCGCUGGCAGCAGCAAUUCCGGCUCGGGUGCCGGUCCGUCUUCAUUAGGAGCCUCGUCUUCAGCUUCCUCCAACGUAUCCAUCGCUGCAGCAGCCGCGGCUAAUGCGGCUACAGUCGCAUCCAUGUCGGCAGCCGCUGCAGCUGCAGCUGCCAGAAGAGCCUGGCGUACCGGACCCGUCCCGCAACAGUACCCUGGAUUCCUCCUUUCAUUCUUGGCAAUGCUGUCUAAUCCGCCGAUGAGUUAUGGGCCCGAUUUGGGGGCAGCGUCCGCUGAUCCUGUCGAGACGGAAAACUACGAAGCUCUUCUCAAUCUGGCCGAACGCUUGGGUGAAGCCAAACCUCGAGGAUUGGCGCGUACGCAGAUCGAUCAACUGCCGUCGUAUCGAUUUUCUGGCGAGAUCGAAGAAGGUGGCCAGAGCACUUGCGUCAUUUGCAUGUGCGAAUUCGAAACUCGUCAGACGCUUCGCGUUCUCCCCUGUAGCCACGAAUAUCACGCCAAAUGCAUCGACAAAUGGCUCAAGUCGAAUCGUACCUGCCCCAUUUGUCGUGGAGAUGCAUCGGAAUUCUUUCACAGCCUGGAAUAGAAUGUAGCAGCACCAUGUCUCAACACACAGGAUGAUUUUUGUUUUUUCUUCGUCUUUUUAUCUGUCCUGGGCGCCAUUGACCCUCCCUGGAAGAGCGGAGGGCUCCCACAUACACACACACAAUCUUCACCACCACCACCACCACACACUUUGGCUUUAGUGUCCUCCCCAAAACAAAGCAAUCUUCCAUAGCUUCCUUCUUUAUUUUUUUUAUUAUUAUUAUUUCUCCGAAAAUUGAUAUUUUUUCGUCUCUUGCAAUCGCACUUGACCCUCCCCUACCCCACAAAAAAGAAAUAACAAAAAAAAAAGAAAAACAAGAAAACAAACAAAAAACGAUGUGUCGUGGCGUGUAACCCGUCGAUCCUUUUUUAGGUUGGAGCUUUCAACCCUUAUCUGGGAAAAUAUGGAAAAAGAAAAAUCUUCUCUCAUUCUGCCGGAUGUUGUUUGUCCCCUCGUAGGCGAGCUUGUUGAUCUCAAUGUUUUCUUUGAAAUGAUUCUGCUGCUCCAUCAUCUCUUACCAAACGCCCCUGGAAAAAACCUCCCGCCAUAUUAUUAAUGAAUAAUGUCACUUUUUGAAAAAAGUAGAAAAGUCUUUAAAGAAGAGAAACCACCACUUUACUCCUCGUACGUAGGCAUUCCGUCACUUACCCCCUCGAAUCCAUCUGGCUCCAGCACGCGCUAUAUAUUUUCUUUCUUUAUUUUCCAUCCAUCUCGUCACCUUCAUCUUCUCCGUUUGUUUUUUCUUUCUUCUCAACGUUACGUGAGAAUGACUGGUCGCUGUGAUAGAUAUUUGCCAUCUAGCGUCUGGGCUUGCAGUUUAUUUGAGGGAUUAGAACAGCCAGUUUGCUAAUUUUUUGUUUUUCCUUCAAUGAUUGAUGAUUCGAUUCAUAAAUCAAACACGCCACUCGCUGCAUUUGUUUGGUGUGUUUUAUGUUUCUUUAACUGUGACACAAAAUAGUUUCUUUACCACCGAUUCAUCUCUAUUUUUUGGGGGGCAGUUAAAAUUUGUUUUCUUCUUCAGUUCGAAUUAUUUUUGAAUUCCCGCAUACGCCACAUGCGCUGAUCCAUGUUUCUAUAUAGACAAAAAAUCGGGUACCGUACACAUCAUAUUGGUUCGCUUGUUAUACAUAUACCUCCCCCCCCCUCAAUCUCCCUCUUUAGACGCCAUUCUCCCCCCCCCCAAAAAAAAGUUAAGUGCAAAAUGUUGUCUAUAAUAUUAUUAUUAUUAUACAAAAUUACAAAAAACCCUACCUACCACUGGCCUCAUAAAAUUUACGCGUUUCUUUCGUUUCGAUGGAUCCUCACCCGCUCGGAGAUGAUGUAAUGAUUUCAAAUUUUGCUGUGGUGUCUCAUCCAUCCUCUUCUCUUUUCCUUUUCUCCAAAUAAUCUUGUGUGUGUCGUAACUGUUUGUUCCUCGACUAUUCAGCUAAAAAAAAAAUAAUAAUCUUCUGGGCACAUCAGGAGAAGGACCGUGAAGUUGUAUAUCUUUUUGAAAAAACACACACAGACAACUGCUCUCUCUUUCUCUUUCCAUCUUUUUUCCUUUCUUCACUCUUACGUCUAUUAAACAAAAAGAAUUGUAAAUCUUUUUUUCUCAUUCUUCUUCUUUUACGCCACAUUGUUUUCGUUUUGUGUGUCCGAAAAUUGACCGUUUUUUCAUCCUUCAAUCCCAAAAUCUUUGUUUGUUCGUCGGUUUUUUCGUCUACUGUUUCGCUCCUUUCUCCCCGAAAGAAAAAACAAUCCGGGAGAAAUUUAAAUAUUGGAAUAUGUUUGUUUGUUUGAUUGUUUGUUUCUUUUUUUUUCCUUUUUUUUUUAAGUAAUUCUUAUUAUUCAAGUACUGUUUCAAUUACAAAAAAGUAAGUAUACAGCGUGCGUGUUGUAGUGAUGUCCAAAAAACAACAGUGUGUUGCCUUGGUGGAACCCUAACUAUAAUGGGUUGCAGUUUUCUAAGUUUGUCCGAUUGUUCCAUGUUCGUCUCAUCUUAACCCAAUACAUGCCUCGUUGAUCAAACCGCAA